AUAUUUUGACGUUUCCGUCUCCGGCAGACAUAUUGCUUACAGGAGCAAAUUCUGGAAAGCUAGAAGAGAGAAAGGAUUUAAAAUUGAUUAACAUCUUCGCGACUCGAUUCACUCACACGGAAUAGGACAUAAUGGAGCCGUCAGCCAGUCCGGCCAAAGACAACUACAGGAUGAACCGCUACAAGAACAAAGCCCUGAACCCAGAGGAGAUGAGGCGCAGGAGAGAGGAGGAGGGCAUCCAACUCAGGAAACAGAAGCGAGAACAACAGCUUUUCAAGAGGAGGAAUGUGGACGUUCUCAAUGAAGAGGAAGCCAUGUUUGAGAGUCCACUGGUGGACUCUUACCUCAGCUCCCCAGUAACAGAAGGAGUCAUUACCAGAGACAUGGUUGAGAUGCUUUUCUCGGAGGACCCAGAGCUUCAGCUCACCACAACACAAAAGUUCAGAAAACUCCUUUCCAAAGAGCCCAACCCACCAAUUGAUGAAGUAAUUAACACGGCUGGAGUAGUGGAGAGGUUUGUGGAGUUCUUGAAGAAGAGUGUCAACUGCACACUACAGUUUGAAGCAGCUUGGGCACUGACCAACAUAGCAUCAGGCACAUCCAUGCAGACAAAGACGGUGAUCGAGGCCGGAGCAGUACCAAUUUUCAUUGAACUACUUAACUCUGACUUUGAGGACGUCCAAGAACAGGCUGUGUGGGCCUUGGGUAAUAUUGCAGGGGAUAGUGCAGUGUGCCGGGACUAUGUGCUGAACUGCGACAUCCUUCCACCUUUAUUAAUGCUCCUGACCAAAUCCACUAGAUUGACCAUGACUAGGAAUGCGGUGUGGGCUCUGUCUAAUCUCUGUAGAGGAAAAAACCCUCCACCUGCAUUUGAAAAGGUGUCACCCUGUCUGCCAGUACUGUCGAGGCUUUUAUUUAGCAGUGACCCAGACUUGCUGGCAGACGCCUGCUGGGCCCUGUCCUACCUCUCCGAUGGCCCAAAUGACAAGAUCCAAGCUGUCAUCGACUCGGGCGUCUGCAGGCGCCUUGUAGAGCUACUCAUGCACACAGACUAUAAGGUGGCCUCCCCUGCCUUGAGAGCUGUAGGAAACAUUGUCACUGGAGAUGACAUCCAAACACAGGUGGUGUUGAACUGCUCAGCCCUGCCCUGUCUGCUGCACCUCCUCAGCAGUGCUAAAGAGUCCAUUCGCAAAGAGGCAUGCUGGACCAUCUCAAACAUCACCGCAGGAAACCGAGCACAAAUACAGACGGUAAUUGAUGCCAACAUCUUCCCAGUGCUGAUCGACAUUCUACAGAAAGCAGAGUUCAGGACCAGGAAAGAGGCGGCCUGGGCCAUCACUAACGCAACCUCUGGAGGAACACCAGAACAGAUCAGAUAUUUGGUGAACCUGGGCUGCAUUAAGCCCCUGUGUGAUCUGCUGACGGUGAUGGACUCUAAGAUCGUCCAGGUAGCUCUCAACGGGCUGGAGAACAUCCUGAGGCUGGGCGAGCAGGAGGCCAAGCAGGAGAACACCGGCUCUGGAGUUAAUCCUUACUGCAGCCUCAUUGAAGAAGCCUAUGGUCUUGACAAGAUCGAGUUCCUCCAGAGCCACGACAACCAGGAGAUCUACCAGAAGGCCUUUGAUCUAAUCGAGCACUACUUCGGGGUUGAGGACGAGGACAACAGUCUUGCCCCACAGGUGGACCAGGCCAACCAGCAGUACCUUUUCCCCCAGCAGGAGGCCCCCAUGGAGGGCUUCCAGCUAUAAGUCCGCACCCCUCUCCUCUAAAAUGCACCAUUUACCCCCUCCAUACCUCCUCAUCUCAUGGAGGACCCCUGGAUGCCCGAGUCGAACCUACAUGCCCCCUUCUCUGAUCUGCCACUAUCCCCCCAACUCUACCAUUACCACAAACCCACACAGACACACCCACCCUUUGGAGGAAAGCUAAAACUGUCCCGCUCUCCAGCCUAAAAAAUGCCCCCCCCCACCCACCCACCCUUUCUUUCCCUCUUCUAGACCAGUGGACUGAAUUCUUGCAGGGCAGACCCAUGUGUUACAUCGCCAGGGGGAGAGCGCCACACAAACUCCAUUACACUUAAAAGAGGAAGUGAUCACCUCAUUGCCCAAAAUGCAAGUCUGUCCUGGCUUCAAACGCACACCGACAUCUUCCAGCCAUUUAAUAGCUCUCAGUGGCCGUAACAAUGGUUUGUUGAUUAAUAUCUUUACAUACACUUUCAUUUCUUUUCCAGUGGGACAUUCCUAUUUUCAGGAUUACCCAUGCAUCCCCAUGCAAAGUCCACAGACGGGGGUGCAUGAGGUGAAAUAUGCCUAGCUCUUGAUGUCAGUCUGACUUAGUGCAAUUCAAAGAAGAAGAAAAACCCAGUAAUAUGAUCCCUUUUUUGUUUAAUGAUUACUUAUUUUUCCCCAACACUUAUUUAUCUCCUUUUUUUUCUUUUAGUGCUUUUGAGUUUUCUUUUUUCCUUCUCAACAUUUUUUGAAGUGGGACAAAUUACAGGGGGGAGGGUUGACAUGGGAAGUUAAAAAAAAUAAAAUAAAAAAAACUUAAAAAAAAAAAAAACCUGAACUUAGGAUGGGCUCUGGAUGGGAUAUUGGAAAAGAGAUUGGGGUUUUUUAGAGGAUAUGUUUAAAGAUCUGGACGAGAAAAAAAAAAAAUCCAGUUUUCGCGGUUGGUAUAGUUAGAGAUCCAAUGUUCGUUGUGUGGUGUGUUAUUAAUAACAAUACAUUUGAAUUAUGAAGUGAUCUAACUAUUAAACAAGGCACGGCUGGGGAUUCAGGGGGAAAGGUGCCCGCGGCGGCAGCAAACCAAACUUAUUUUUUUAUAUUGAAAUGAAUUCAAGAAAUUGCAGGUUGUUUAAAGUAGGGUGAAAUACCACUUGGUGGUGCAGACACGUUUCUAGUUUUGUCUGAUUUCAUUGAAGCCCCGUGUAAACGGGUUGCUGCCAGUUCGCGAGGCCCUGUGCGCUCCCCCCCCUCCUCCUCCCCAGCUGUAUGUGGUAGGGUUUUUUGCAUGGUGUUAUAUUACCCUGCGUACUGUCACUGAGUAUCCCUUGCCAAACACAGACAGUUGGCACAGAGGAGAGAGAGAGAGAGAGAGAGAGAGAACAGUGUGAAGGAAUACUUUUGAGACUUGGCUGUACGCUGCUCAGCGUUUUCUUGUUGCAGCAUUUGGAGUUAAAAAGCAGGAACUGGGCCACAACAAAUUGGUUUGGUGGUGUUAACAGUAAUAGUGUAGUGAUGGUGUUGGUGUUUUGUAUAGUGGUAGAGUUGAUAUAUAACCUAAGGCAUUCUAUAUCACUAUAUCUUUGAUGGAUGGGAAUGACACCUGUUAAUGAUUUUGCAUGGGUCCAUUGUGACAUUGAUGUAAAUAGCCUAUCCUCUGCCUGGCAAGGUAAAGUGCGCCGCUUCUUUGUCCCCUUGUGGGUCUAAUAACAACCCGAGUUUGGCUAGGGAUAUAUCUCAGACAAGUGACGAGCCUAACUGCAACCAAAAUUUCAAGUAUAAAUAUAUAUUUGAAUUUUGAUGUAUUUGCAUUAUAUAUAUAUAUAUAUAUAUAUACAUAGAUAUAUAUUUGCGCACACUUCAUGCACACUUGCAUACAACACCAGCAGACACUGUACACACACCUCUCACAGAUGAGUGGCUAGUAGCAAGUAAAAUAGUUUCCAUAGUCUUUGGAGUGGAAAAAGUAGUUAUUCUUUCAUUUUAUUUUUCAAGUUUUGCUUUUCUCCAGUGUGUGAGAUUUGCCUUUUUGGCUGUUUUUGGUUUCAGAGCACUUAGUAUAUUUUCUUUAAAAAUGUUGCCCUCGGUUUGGUCUGAAUUAAGAUUGUUUUCCGUUUUUAAUUGAGACAAUUAAGAGAUUCUUUUUUUUUUUUCCUUUUCUUUUUUUCUUGAAUUCAAAAGGGAUUCGCCGCACACAUAGUUCUCAUGGAAACUUUUUUUGUUGUUUCUAGCCACGUGACUUACGAUGGUUUAAAUUAGACCUGUUAACCCUGACCCGGGAUCCGCUCUGCCUGUGACACAGACGCUGAUCUUGGAUCAGGGUUUAGGCUUUGUGGAUGGAGCAAAACUGUGGUUGUGUGAUGUUUUGACUGACAGGCACUGUGUGAGGAAGAGGUUGAUUGACUCUACGACUAUGUCCCUAUCUGAGUCUGGGAGCCCCUGUUCUGUGGAUUACUGAACCAGCCCUAACAUUAAAUCAUGGAACUGUGAACAGAAUUAUGUCACUCUAUAGCAAACAUUUGAUAGAUUAGUAUGUUGAAUGUUGUGUAUACUUGGAGUACACUUUCAUCAAAGAGUUUUUUUUUUUUUUUUUUUUUUCCUUACCCAAAACACUUUCCUUUUUAUGUGAUAGGACAUCUUUUUGGAUAGACCUGACUUAUAUAUACUUAUAUCAUUUAGUUUGUUUCAGUGUAACAUUUUUACAUAAGCCUUUGGCAGUGGGAAAUAUUAUAGGGCGCAGGGCCGUUGUUAUAUUCUAGGGUUUAAGCGUUAGCUGAUAUGUUAGCGAGGCUUUCGUGAGUUUGAGAUGUUAUCCACAGAACCAGGUGCUCUCAGUAGACAUAAUGGCUGAAAUACAUGGGGCCCGGGCACUAAAUGGGGCCUGGGCGAUAGGUGGCGCGGCCCCCAGCAUAGAGCGUCCAUUAUAAUCAACUGAAGCUGCUACACUGACCAGGGAAGUCAUGCAGGCCUCGCACUGCUCGUCUGUUUUUUUUUGUUUUUUCUCAACGCACUAAUACGCUCUGCGGCCCUUCAGCAGGUAAAAACUACAUAGAACUGUAAAAAAAAAAAAAAAAAUUAAAAGGAAUAAGAUUACUAAAAUAAAUGACUCCUAUCAGAGGCAAUGUAACGCAGCAGAGCAACCUUGUAGGUGUUUUUACAUUUCACAUUUAAAUGAAUAAAUCAAUCAAAUUAGUGUGUAUCCAUGAUCCUGUAGUUAAAACAAUCCAGUUAACUAAUCCAUUACUAGUUAAUAUAGCUUACUCUUCCAAACCCUGCAUAACUUGGUAAAAUGCAAUAUGCACACAGUGAAGCUGGCACUGGCACCCAAAAAUGCACGCUACAAAGUUGGAGUCCGUGUAGCAGGAGAAAAAAAAAAAAAAAACCCCGCUCUGACACUCGUGCCCCAUGUAUUUUGGCCGUAAGAGUUCAAAUCGUGACUAAUUGAGCAUCCAGAACUUGCCUCUACAUGACAGGUGUGUAGAGCCGCAUUUAUAACUGAAGUCCUUGAUUUCAACUCUGUGCUUGGCCUACAAACGAUGCCAGAAUUGCAGUUGUUUAAAAAAAGAAGAAAAAAAAUCCAACAAGGAAAAAAAUAUUUAUAUUUCUGAAAAAUGAAAAUGCACUCCUAUUCACAAAAGUGCCAAUCCGACCAACAAAGACUGGAGUUUCUUAUGUAUCGGUCUUUGACUUAUAGAUUUUCUUUAUAGCUUUUAUUUACUUGAAUGUGCACACAUUUUGUGCAGAACAUUGCUGCUCUAUUUUCCUUCUCUUUAAAGUUACAUUAUUUGCCAUUGUUUCUUUGGAAAAGUGGCAUACUUUACUGUGGGCACCUAAAGAAGAAAUUGAAUUAAGGCAGUGAAAUUGUCUGGUGGUACAUAAAACUGGUCUUACCAGCUACUUGUCCAUUCGUGUGAUGAUCCCCACUAUUAGAGUCUUUUAAUGGGUUUCACUGUGCAUAGGUAAGCUGCGGAUGUUUUGGAAUCAAAGAAUUGGUUUCAUGCGGUGGAAACAGUAGAGUAUACUACUUUCUUGAGGUCACGGCCUGUAGCCAGCCCCUUUUUAUGGCAAGGAGAAACUGCGCUGAUAGAAAUAUUGUAGUACUUUGAUGUGGCACAUGAUGCAAAUUGUGGAAACUUAAGCGACUAUCAUAGCAGACAAUUGCAGGUACUAACCGUAUUGUCAUAGUUUACCAAAGUUGUGUCAUCCUGAAGGCUGGUUGAAAUGAUUUACUUGAUGUCUGUGUUUUCAAUAUUCAAUUUAUGUAAUUGGCUUUUGUUGACCCAGUCAGUAUGACUGAGAGAUUGCUUCAGGCCAUUUAAACCUUGCUUCUUUUCAUUAGAAGCUGCAAUAGCUCAGUCCCUCUCCGUUUUAUUUUUUUCCCCCUCAAGUUUAAGUACUGUUUAGGGAGUAAAAAAAAGAAAUCUGCUGAAGACUGCAAUAAAUAUUGUCCAAAAUCAGGCACCCCAGAGGCAACGAUCCACCUACAAACUGCUCUCAAAGGUGACACUCCUUCCACUGGGUGGAGCUAACACGAGGCAACUACUUGACAUUUUUUUUCUAAGAUAAAAUCUGGGAUUCAGAAAAUUGUGCAGUGAUUUACAUUAAAAAGUAUUCUAAGUUAAACUAUGUAUGUUCUGAUACAUUGACAGGGAUUCAGAUGCAAUUCUAAUCACUUCUGAGAAGUGGAGAAAAGGCCUCAGUAGAACAUGUCACAGGAAAAAAAUAAAAUACAAUAGGAGGUGGAGAUAACAAGCCUUUUCUGCUUUUCUUGAUCUUUUUUCCUGAUCAGGAUACUCUGGGCUAUAUUUUUUGGAUGAAUGUGUUUAGAGUAAAAGUUUGUCCUAGUCAGGCUGCAUGAUCAGGAACCCUGUUAUCUAUAGGGGAGUGAACAGACAUCACUAAAUAUCUCAAAUCUGACUUGUCUUCCGUCCUAGAAGCUGUUCAUGUCUAUAUCAAAAUCUAAAGCCAUGCUUGGCUUGGUCAAGUUACGUUGUCUAUGCUACAAAUGUUUACAAUGCUACAUGUUUGUAAAGUACUUUUCAUAUGCCAUCACUGACCAGUCCUGAUGUAUUCUCUUGCUCUGGUCCUCUCAUUUCUUUUACAUGUAUUUAUUUUCUCUAUCCUUGUUUAUGAUUUUUCAUUUGCUCAAAAUGACCCAUCUUUAACUGUGACUUGACUUGACUUUACCGACGGUAUGAAUGAGUGACGAGAAACUUAUACACUUCAACUGAACAUGACACACAAACAUGAACAUGGAAAAAAGAAAAAUGCAUACAGCAAACGGCAACAAUAUUAAAAAGUGUAAAGGAAAAUAUAUUGAAUUUAAAAUUGUUCAGUGGAAAUGCUGUACAAAACAAAUAAAGUUAUGUUGCAACCCUUUAA